CCGCUAUUAUGACGGACUGAUUCAAAAUCCAACAUAACUAAACUACAAUACGGCAUAGUUUUAAGAGGAUUCAGUUCCUAACAAAACCCCGUAUGAAACAUAAAGUUUGGAUAAAUUUAAGUAAGUUGACAACUUUCCAAUCAUGUUCUGUAGCAUGAAAUCUUUUAAAUGCUUCAUCUUCAGCUAAAUAGACUACUACCCACUUGCAAAGUAACCAUCUUUUCCAAACUUCUACCAUAUUUUCAAUCCCAUUCUCGCCCAUUCUUUUCGACAUUAGCAGCAGCAGCAGCAUCAAAUUCUUGGCAAUUUACAUCAAAUACCCUUCAAAAUGACAGUAAAGAUAUUAACUUCGAUCUUCUUUUCCAAUCUUGCACUAAACUUCUUCAUGUUAAGCCUCUUCAUACCCUUCUUGUGGUGUCAGGGAGAGUUCAAAGUUUCUAUCUUUCUGCUAAGCUUCUCAAUCUUUAUGCAUAUUUUGGUGAACUUUCAUCCUCUUAUAGGACUUUUGACCAAAUAUUAAACAAAAAUGUAUAUACCUGGAAUUCUAUAAUAUCUGUUUAUGUUCAUAAAAACUGUUUCAAUGAAGCUUUACAUUGUUUUAAUCAGUUCGCGUUGACGUCUGAGUUUCAACCUGAUUUUUACACUUUUCCUCCUGUUAUUAAAGCUUGUAGAAAUCUAAUUGAUGGGAAUAAGAUACAUUGCUUAAUUUUUAAAUUGGGUCUGGAGUUGGACGUUUUUGUAGCUGCUUCUUUGAUUCAUAUGUAUGCAAAGUUUGGGUUGGUUGGUGAAGCUCGAAAGUUGUUUGAUGAAAUGCCAAUAAGAGAUUGUGGAUCAUGGAAUGCGAUGAUUUCUGGGUAUUGUCAGAAUGGGAAUGUUGUAGAGGUACUGGAUAUUGUGGAUGAGAUGAGAAAGGAUGGAGUAGCUAUGGAUGCUUUUGCUGUUGCUAGUAUACUUCCUGUUUGUGCAAAACUGAACGAUGUUUUAAGUGGGAAGUUGAUCCAUUUGUUGGUUAUAAAGCUUGGGUUGGAGUUUGAUUCGUUUGUGUCUAAUGCAUUGAUUGCCAUGUAUGCUAAAUUUGGUAGCUUGGGGUUAGCGCAGAAAGUUUUUGAUCAUAUGGUGGUAAGAGAUAUUGUAUCAUGGAAUUCAAUUAUUGCUGCUUAUGAGCAAAAUGAUGAUGCGGCUACUGCACGUUCAUUCUUUGACAAGAUGCGACAAAUUGGAGUACGACCUGAUUUGUUGACUGUUCUUAGUUUGGCUUCUAUUGUUGCUCAAUUGAAUGAUCAUCAAAACAGUAGGUCCAUUCAUGGAUUUGUCACUAGAAGAGGCUGGUUUAUGAAAGAUACUGUCAUUGGGAAUGCAGUAGUGGAUAUGUAUGCUAAAUUGGGUGCUACUGAGUCUGCCCGAGCAGUCUUCGAAAGACUUCCUGUUAAAGAUGUCAUUUCAUGGAACACAUUGAUCACUGGUUAUGCUCAAAAUGGCCUUGCAAGUGAAGCAAUUGAAGUAUAUAACAUGAUGGAAGAAUGCAAAGAAGUAAGUCCAACUCAAGGGACUUGGGUAAGUAUUCUUCCUGCCUAUUCCCAUUUGGGAGCCUUGCAUCAAGGCAUGAGAACUCAUGGGCAUGUCAUUAAAAAUUCUCUUCACUUGGAUGUUUUCGUGGGAACCUGCCUCAUUGACAUGUACGGAAAAUGUGGGAAGUUAGAUGAUGCAAUGUCAUUAUUCUACGAAGUGCCCAGGAAAGACGCAGUUCCAUGGAAUGCAAUAAUAUCUUGUCAUGCAGUUCAUGGGCACGGCGAGAAAGUGAUUAAGCUCUUCAGGGAAAUGAUAGAUGACGGUGUAAAGCCAGAUCAAGUUACAUUUGUAUCUUUACUAUCAGCUUGUAGCCAUUCAGGUUUGGUCAGUGAUGGUCAAAGAUACUUCCGUAUGAUGCAGGAAGAAUAUGGGAUUAAGCCUAUUUUGAAGCACUAUGGCUGCAUAGUAGAUUUAUAUGGUAGGGCAGGGGAUCUGGAAAUGGCAUACAAGUUUAUAAAAGAUAUGCCAAUCCAGCCUGAUGCUUCUAUGUGGGGUGCUCUUGUUGGUGCUUGCAGAAUCUAUGGAAAUGUGGAGUUGGGUAAAUAUGCUUCAGCUUGCUUGUUUGAAGUUGAUUCAGAGAAUGCUGGUUACUAUGUUUUGUUGUCGAACAUUUAUGCUACUGUUGGGAAAUGGGAGGGAGCAGACAAGGUGAGAGCAUUGGCUAGGGACAGGGGAUUAAGGAAGACUCCUGGGUGGAGCUCUGUCGAAGUGAACAAUAAGGUUGAUGUGUUCUAUACUGGGAACAAAUCUCAUCCAAGAUACCAUGAGAUAUACAGAGAGUUGAGCGAUUUGACUUCAAAAAUGAAGACCCUGGGUUACCUCCCUGACUUCAGCUUUGUGUUGCAAGAUGUGGAGGAGGAUGAGAAGGAGCACAUCCUCAUAAGCCAUAGUGAGAGGUUGGCAAUUGCAUAUGGAAUCAUCAGCACCCCUCCUAGAACCCCAAUUAGGAUUUUCAAGAACUUGCGAGUCUGUGGUGAUUGCCACACUGCAACUAAGUUAAUAGCUAGAAUUACAGAGAGGGAGAUUAUUGUGAGGGAUUCUAACCGUUUCCAUCACUUCAGGAAUGGAAUUUGCUCUUGUGGAGACUAUUGGUGAAAUAGACUCUGAUUUAGUUGUUUCAAGAGUUAACCUUUAUGAAUGAACAGGACCCAGAAUUAUAGUCCACAGUCCAUUCAAAUAAAAUCUUGUGGUAUUAGUUACUUAAACUAUCCUCAUCUAUGAAAUACAUGUUAUUUAUUUA